CCACACAGCAUCAGCCUUGUAUAUCUUGUACGAUCCAUAAGAGACAAGAUCCAAGCGACCCCUCAGGCUUUCUCCGGCAGCUAUUAGAUCGAGUGGCAUCUCACUUUCUAGCUUGAGUAGUCGCGCCAUGAUUUCCUCAGCACUCGGUCCGACUACAAUCAUCAGUCGACAAUGCUAUCGAGUCCCCUUGUCGUUUGGUUCCUCCUUGCCUACUACACUAGCUUAGCUUAUGGCGAGUCCCUCAAAGAAAGCGAUCUGACGGCAGAAUCGUCUAGUCGUCCGUUCUCAACCUUGACCAUCUCUCUAUCAGGUCAAGGUGUGUGGCCAAUCGACCAACAAGCAGCCAGCGGAUAUUCGGAAUCGUCGAGCUCAGACAGCUCUUCUUCAGACGACAGUACUCCUUACUCCAAGACGCCUGUUACCCCGCCGUCGACCAUCUCAUCGCCAUUCACCCAGGAUAUCGGCCCUUCUUCUUCUUCGUCGUCGUCUUCUUAUUAUUCUCCUUCUCCUCCUCCUUCUCCUCCUCCUUCUCCUCCUCCUUCUCCUCCUUCUUCUUCUUCUCCUUCUCUUUCUUCUUCUCCUCCCUCUCCUUCUUCUCCUUCCCCUUCUUUUCCUCUCCCUUCUUCUUCUCCGUCUUCCUUUUCCAGCUUUGACACACUAUCGUCGAAUUCUCUGGUAGCCGAAAGCUCAUGCUGCAUUACUACCGGUGUAAGUUCUACAUCAGCGAUGCCAUCCACCGCCAGUUCGUCAGCACGCGUAGCAGGGUCAUCUUUUGGCAAUAGCCCUGAGGAGACAUCACAAGCUUUGGGUGGCGCCUAUAGUUCCACCAGGAUAGUGGACGGGGUCCCGACUAUGGUGGAAGGUACCAGCACGGCACCCGACAUAACUCCUCCUCCUGCUGUCCCUAGUGGGCCAUUACCGUGGGGUCGAGUCGCUAUUCCUAUCGAAGUUGAGAUUGACGGCAUCAAGUACAUGCUUCCCAUCAAUCAGAGUCAAAAGUUUGACCACAUUAACAAAGACAACAAAGUUAUGCUUUUAGAGCUCUCCCACGAUGAAGUCAAGAUCACUACGGAUCCGGAGGAUGGUCCUCAGAAAAGAGAAACAACCGCUAUCUACUCCAUUCCGCAGGAUAUUGGGGAUGGAGACGUCUCUAUCAAUCCAAAGAGCGGUAGUGGGCCUACAAUCAAGGCUCACCGGGGCCACAAGUCCAAUAAGCACAAGAGUUCUCUCUUCGAUGCACUCAAGUCGCUCACGGACACGGUUGGCAAGGUUGUGAGUAAUGCAAACAGCGUGGUGGACUCUGCAAAAAAGUUGAUUGAGGACGAUUUCAAAACCCCAAGUCUACAAGACCAGGCGCUGACGUCGAUCGAUGAGCUCAUCCAAAAUGCCGUAAAUUUUGCAGAGGACACAAGUCAAAUGGCAAGUGAUGCGAGUUUCGAAUUGGUUGAACUGGGAACCAUGAACGCUCCAGCUACCAAAGCAUUCAACGCCUACGAGGGGAGCACAUGUAUACUCAACCAGCUCCGUCCAGUCCAGAACAUCAUGAAGAUUUUAAAAGGUACGCCUGGAAACCCGGCCGCGCUGGAUAUAUUUAAACAUAUCCUCAGGCGCACGGUGACAAAGCCUGUGGCAGGAUUGCUGGUAUUGAGCGGGUCUAUCGCCCUAUUACAUCCCUUGGCCACACAGACGUACGAUGACACAAUUCCACUCUCAAAUAUGGUGGGUAGCUCAAGCUAUACAUCUUCAGCCGCUACCUCGACCGCCAAGCCUACGGGGAAACGAUCUCUGCACACCAUCUUCACGAAGGACGGAACUCCUUAUGAAACCUAUAAGGCUUUCCUUGAGGGACUUCCGGACACUGUGCAGGUCAGCACGGACCAAAGUGAAUUUCCUGAUCCGCAGUGGCAGGUCUUGGUCAUUAGUCUUACAGAUCAGGAAGCCAAAGAUAUUGCAGGCCAUCCAAUCAUACAGUUGCUAGUAAAAAAAACAGACCAUAUCGACGACCCAGUAAUGGACGACUUCGCGGACUUCUCGGCGGACUUCUCGGGUCCCGACCUCUCACAGCUAAAUAAACGAGCUCCUCCACUGCGCCCGCUUCUUCCUAACACGAUGCUGAGGAGGUCCUCUGCGCCCAAUCAUCUCAAGAUGCUUGCCCAAAAACAGCCAGGAGACUUGAACAAUCCCGGCUAUCUAUACGACAACCAGCUCGGCCUGGGAACCAACGUGUACGUAUUAGAUUCAGGGUUUGAUUAUAAUCAUCCGGAAUUUGCCCAGGGUGAUCGAGAUGAGAAGCCCAAGUUCAUGGUCGUGCCGAACCGCUAUGCCCUUGGUGUCAUACCCGGCGCGAACGCCAAAAGGCAACGCUGGGCCCCCGAAGACUUGCGUGACUGGCUCAUUGUCACUACCGAGCCACGAUACCCGGGUGAUGAGGUUGGAUAUCAGGGCCACGGCACCGGUAUGGCAGCGGGUGCAGCAGGUCUGCUCUUAGGAGUAGCGCCCCGAGCGAACCUAUACUGUAUCAAAAUAUCGAAUGCCAUUCUAGAUGACUUUGAUAACGUACCCGGUGUUCGUAGGGGUAUUUAUUACAAGGCGGCAUCUAUACAGGCUGAAGCCCUCAACUAUGCCCUUGAAAGAGUUCUCAAUAAUGUAUUGGCCACUGGUAAACAAGGAAAGGCAGUCAUCAGCCUUUCCGCAUUCACUGUACGAUUCCACACGAACUCAGGACCGAAUGUACGACAGAGACAGCUGUAUGAGAAGCUAUGGAACCAUUGGACGCCGCUGCUCGAACGUCAUGAAAUCUUGUUAGUCGGAGCGGCAUCAAACGGAGGAUUGAAUCCGGACCCCAGAAAACAAUACGUCGAAAAUUAUCUGCCUCCGGGGGCCGAGAGGGUCAAUAAUGCUAUACUAACGGUCGGUGCGGUCGAUCUCACUGGCAAGUAUGCGAGUUUCACUUCCAGGGCGAGACCCGGUGGCUUGGCGCAGGUUCGGAUCCAUGGUCCGGGCAGAAACGUACCAUAUGCACGAUCGGUCAUGCGCUUAGAUUCCUCGAUCGCUCGACUCGUAGAUGAAACAAGCGGAACGAGUAUUGCAACGGCUUUGAUCAGCGGACUGGUGGCGUACUACAUGUCUCUGCCGAGUGUGUACCAUACCCUCAAGAGCAAUACGGCCGAUCCACGGUCCAUGGCCGUAAAGUGGAAGCACUAUCUACUUGAUCAUGCACAUGAGCUGCUGACGGAUCCCAACAAUAAGUUCACUUAUCCGCCGCCUCCCGUACCCCAGGAUGUUGAUUAUCCAAUCCUGGUAGGGUACAACGGGGCUGCGAGCUUCGUCUGUAGUUUCAUAGGUGGACCCCUCAGGGGUAUACCCAAGAAGCGCCAACUCGAUCACACGUUCAGCAGCUUUCACGGGUCUUCUCUGGCUGGGGAGUUGGAUCAAGCUGACUCAUGGGAGAAUGUGAGGAGAGAGUGAGUCUUUUAUUUUGUUACCACAAGACGUCGUCGUCGUCGUCGUCGUCAUCAUCAUCAUCAUUCGUAGCCUGUUUAACAGAGCCUUUCUGCUGACGCGCGUUCGU